CCAGAGCUUAGCAUAGUAAGUGUUAUAUUGGGCCCCAUCAACAUUUCAUUGUCAAAAUUGUCCAGCCCCCAAACAACCCGUCGAAGUUAUCUAUUUUCAUUUGUACGUCUAAUGCCUGAACAAUCGGCGCUGGUUCAAUAAAAGGAAAAUAAAGAGCUUCCUCGGGGCGUCACAACAUCUCUUUGUAUACGACUCUGUGUAAAUGCUCCACUAUUGCAACGAUCCUACAUACGACUCGUCGGAAUUCCUGUGGACCAUGUGUAUGCAAGUUCAGCGGCUUGGAUGCGGAGUCCCAGUGCCCAGUUCCUGUAGUAAGACCAAUUCUCGCUGCGAGGGCGGAUCGUGUCGCAGGCCAGGAUCCUGCUGCGGACCAUGUGGCCCCUGUGGGCAACGCUCGAGUGGCUGUGCUACCUGCUGUACCUCCUGCUGUGGGACAUUCCCCGAAACAUGCUGCGGUCCAUGGUGUGAGUCCUGCCUGGAUCCCGCCUGGUUCACCUGGCUGGCCCCAAACAUCCACCGAGCCUGCUGCUGUGCUUGCAUGCCCUGCUGUCGACCAAGGUGCCGCUGAGAUCCUGAUAAUGGGGCAUUUGUGUGGCACUGAAGAAUUGGUGGAGUAUGCAAAGAAAUAAAGUCAAUUGUUAAAAAUUUUA